GGGGCCCGGGGACGCCGGGGGGUGAAGAAGGGGCCGGCCUUCGAACGACAGCGACGCAAGAUGGCAGCCACCACAGGCUCGGGAGUAAAAGUCCCUCGCAAUUUCCGCCUGUUGGAAGAACUCGAAGAAGGCCAGAAGGGAGUAGGAGAUGGCACAGUUAGCUGGGGUCUGGAAGAUGACGAAGACAUGACCCUUACCAGAUGGACAGGGAUGAUAAUUGGGCCUCCAAGAACAAUUUAUGAAAACCGAAUAUACAGCCUUAAAAUAGAAUGUGGACCUAAGUACCCAGAAGCGCCCCCCUUUGUAAGAUUUGUAACAAAAACUAAUAUGAACGGAGUUAAUAGUUCUAAUGGAGUGGUGGACCCAAGAGCCAUAUCCGUGCUAGCAAAGUGGCAGAACUCCUAUAGCAUCAAAGUCGUCCUGCAAGAGCUGCGGCGCCUGAUGAUGUCUAAAGAAAACAUGAAACUCCCCCAGCCGCCGGAAGGACAGUGUUACAGCAACUAAUUGAAAGCCCCGCCCCUCGAUUUCCGGGCCUCCAUCCUCCACAGUAGUCAGUUUCUAGAUCCGUCUGUAGACCUUCAAGUACUGGAAAGGAAGCUCCCAUUCGAGGCAGUUCAUCCUAAGACACUGUACAUGAUACUAAUUCUGUCCGUUUGAAAUAUAUGAGUUGUGCUAUAACAGACCAUCUGUCAAUGUAACCACUGUCCUCCUUGCCCGGGACUGGACGCAGCCGAGCUGACCCCGCGCUGACCGGCGGGCGCUGCUGACUCAACUGUGAACAGACUCGGCACACAAUCACUGCUGCUGCAAUGCUGGGGUCUCUGCCCCCCUCCCCAGUCCUGUCCUGCGCCCCCCUCCUCCCUGCCUCCCUCCCUGCCAGUGCACCCGACGUCUGCCCCCCUCCCCCAUUCUGUCCCCUGCUCUUGUUCCCGCCCCCGCCCUUCAUGCUGACACUCCUGGGGUGUGCUCGCCCCUUCCCGUUCCUAUUCCCCACGUCCUGCCCUCCAUGCUGGCACGUCUGGGGUGCACCCCCCUUCCCUGCUCCUGUCCUCCCCAUUCCUUUUCCCCUCAUCUCUCCGUGUUGGCACGCCGGGGUCUCUCCCAGUCCCUGUCCCCCAAGGCCCCCCAGCACGGUGGCUCCUGAGAGUAGAUGCAGCCUGGGACGCGUGGUGUGAGGCUCUCCCUGCGGCCCGGCUUUCUCUGCAGACCUCCCGCCCCACUCCAGCCCCACGCGGCCGAGGCGCGCUGCAGCCCUCCAGCCCCUUGGACGCGCUCCCACCCUCCCUCUCCCUGCGCUGGGGGGGGCCGCUUUCUUCCUCUCCUCCACCCGCUUGCUGCCCCACACCCCCAGCUACCAGAUGAGGCCGGCAUCUGACGCCUCCUCAGUGCAGCCAGGCCUGCCCCACGCCCGCCCCCCCACCCCGCCGCCUCAGCCAGCCCUCAGCUCCGGGUCUGUAGGUGACAACCUCCUGGUGGCAGCUGCCCCAGCUCAGCCCGGGGAUGGGGACGGCCACAGGAGGCCCGAAGCACACGUCCUCUCCUUCCCGGUCCCCACCGCUUUGCUUUGAAAUGUGGAAGGUUUGCACAGGCCCGGCCCACCCCUCGGGUCCACCGAGUCAGUGGGAGCCCCCCACUGGGCACCCCCCCCACUGCUGCUCCUGAGGCCCUCUGCCGGCUUGGGGGAAGCUGGGCAACACGGGAGGUGGGGGGUUGUGGGGGGGGGGGGGGCGGCCCUCUCUGUUAGGACCACUAAUCGCUGGGCGGAUGCGAACCGAAAUAAAGGCAGUUCAUCGUGUUC